AUGAUUACUGCUAACGGCCGACUUUUCGAAUACGCACCGAAACUGACAGCUUUUGAGUUCGGUGACUUGCACUCGCCGAACGUGCUGAUCUUCAUUGGCGGUUUGGGCGACGGUUUGCUCACCGUUCCUUAUGUUCCACUCUUGGCGGAAAAACUAGCCACGAUUGGUUGGUCGGUGGUCCAGAUCCAAUUCACCAGCUCUUUUAUCGGGUUUGGUACGGGAUCCCUGGCCAGAGACGCCGAUGAGAUCUCCAAGCUCGUCGCUUACUUGAGAAGCCCGCUUUCUCCUGUUGGUAGCCGCAAAAAGGUUGGUCUCAUGGGCCAUUCUACAGGCAGUCAGAACACACUGUACUACCUGUCCAAGUUUGCCAAGACUGCCGAAACCGACAUCGAUUUCGGUGUUCUCCAGGCAUCUGCCUCCGACAGAGAGGCAAUUGUGUCGCUGGCUGGCGAGGAAGUCACCGAUAAGAGUGUGGCUUAUGCUCAGGACCUGAUAAGCAAAGGCUCCGGCAGAGAGUUCAUGCCUGUGGAGAUUACCGACCAAUUUUUUGGUGCGCCCAUCAAUGCCAACAGAUGGUUUGCUUUAGCGUCUAUUCGCGGUGACGACGAUUUUUUCUCAACCUAUCUCGGUCCUGAAGAUCUGAAGCAGACUUUUGGAAAAGUCGAGCGGCCGCUACUGGUUCUGUACAGCGGAGCCGACGAGUACGUUUCGCCAGACACAGACAAACAUGCUCUGGUGAAGAAGUUCCAGGCUGCUACGGACCCAAAGUUCUGGUCGCCCUUGAGCACCGUUGUGGAGGGUGGAUCCCAUAACCUGGGACCAACCAGUAAAAACCCAGACGCACCGGCUUUCGCGGUGGGCCAGGUGGUGAAGUUUCUAGACGGGAUCUAG